AUGACAGGGGCCACCGUCACCGUUGGCUUAACCGCCCUCGCCAUCCUCCUUGGCAUCUAUCAAGUUCACUUCAAACCUAUCAUUACCGGUUUCGGUCUGGGGCGGGUCGUUGAACCUAAAGGAAACACUGACUGUCACACUGUCCCUGAUGUUCAAGCAUGCGAAAAGUUGGUGUUGCACCAACCAUCGGGAUCUGUCUAUUUGGCGUGCUCCACGCCGGCAAGCAGGGUUCAAUGGAUGCCUACGGUGAACCACUUCAAUGCUUCAGGAAUGAACGAUCAGGAUUAUGUUGCUGUUUACGAUCCCCCUGCGCGGAAAGUUACGCGCUUGAGCAUCACUGGUUUUGAGUCUCCCCGUGGUCUAUCGGUACACGGAAUGGACGUGGUUCCGUCCUCUACAGAUCCAUCACAACUCUUUGUGUAUGUCGUCAACCAUAGGGCGCCUCACGAUGGCCAAGACGCCAACCAGGUUGGCGCCGAUUCGUCCGUGGAGAUUUUUCGCACGUCGGUAGGAGGGUCAACGAUGGUACACGUUGCAACCGUCGAGGACCCAGUGAUCGUAACGCCUAAUGACCUCGUGGGGAGUCCUGACGGCAAAAGCUUCUGGUUCACCAAUGACCACGGCUCCAAGACAUCUCUGACUCGUCAUCUUGAGCACUGGCGCUUCAAAUUUGCGGCAUCUGUGGGCUAUUGCCAUCUCGACGAAGGUUGCAGAUUCGCGGUGCAGAAUCUCCCGGGAGCAAACGGAAUUGCGCGUAACAAGCACGACGUCUUCUACGUUGCGAACGACAGACACCCUGAGAUUCGGGUGCUGGAGAAACAGGCGGACAAUUCAUUGGUAGUAACCGACCUUAUUAAGCCAGGUGCAGACUAUCCCAUUGACAAUCUGGUCGUGGAUGAAAAUGGUUAUCUAUGGGCAUCUGGCACCGUCAAUUGUCUCCAGACAGUGUUCAAGCACUUCGAAGAUCCUUCCAUAAUCGCACCUUCUUCGGCUUUGCGUAUAUCACUCAACACCGGACGUGAUGCUUACUUCGGCGAGAAGUAUAAGAUUGAGAAGGGGAGCUUUUUCACCGCGCUUCUGACAUUUCUGCAGAUUUUCGAGGACGAUGGCGAACUCGCCCCUGGAGUAACCUCGGUUGCUUACGACGUCGACCGUAAACAGUUGUUCCUUCACGGCUUGGCGAGUCCUCAUUUGACGGUAUGCAACAUUGAGGUCUCCACUUCCAAUCAGGUGCAGCUGUAG